AUGGGUGACGAGGAGGUUGCCGCUUUGGUGGUUGACAACGGCAGCGGUAUGUGCAAGGCUGGCUUUGCCGGGGACGAUGCCCCCCGGGCAGUCUUCCCUUCCAUCGUCGGACGCCCGAAGAUGCCGGGCAUCAUGGUGGGCAUGGACCAGAAGGAUUCCUACGUGGGUGAUGAGGCCCAAUCCAAGAGAGGUGUGCUCACGCUGAAGUACCCCAUCGAGCACGGCAUCGUCACGAACUGGGACGACAUGGAGAAGAUUUGGCACCACACCUUCUACAACGAGCUGCGCGUGGCCCCAGAGGAGCACCCGGUGCUGCUGACGGAAGCCCCUCUGAACCCCAAAGCCAACCGCGAGCGCAUGACGCAGAUCAUGUUCGAGACCUUCAAUGCGGCUGGCUGGAGAAAUAGCUUAGAAGUGCCGGCCAUGUACGUGGCCAUCCAGGCCGUGCUGUCUCUCUACGCCUCCGGCCGCACCACCGGUAUCGUCAUGGACAGCGGCGACGGCGUGUCUCACACAGUGCCGAUCUACGAGGGCUACGCGCUGCCCCAUGCCAUCCUCCGACUGGACCUGGCCGGCCGUGACCUCACGGAGUACAUGAUGAAGAUCCUGACGGAGCGCGGCUACUCCUUCACCACCACGGCAGAGCGCGAGAUUGUCCGCGAUGUCAAGGAGAAGCUGUGCUACAUCGCGCUGGACUUCGACAGUGAGAUGAAGGCAGCCAGCGAGAGCAGCGACAAGGAGAAGACGUACGAGCUUCCGGACGGCAACAUCAUCACCGUGGGCGCCGAGCGCUUCCGCUGCCCAGAGGUCCUGUUCCAGCCAAGCUUCGUGGGAAAGGAGGCCAGCGGCAUCCAUGACACUACCUUCCAGUCCAUCAUGAAGUGCGACGUCGACAUCCGAAAGGACCUCUACUCCAACGUGGUGUUGUCCGGUGGCACCACCAUGUUCCAGGGCAUCGGUGAGCGCAUGACCAAGGAGCUGACUGCCUUGGCGCCUUCCACCAUGAAGAUCAAGGUGGUGGCCCCACCGGAACGUAAGUACAGCGUGUGGAUUGGAGGCUCCAUCCUGUCCUCCCUGAGCACCUUCCAGCAGAUGUGGAUCUCCAAGGGCGAGUACGAUGAGAGCGGCCCGACCAUCGUGCACCGCAAGUGCUUCUGA